CUCAUUCUCCAUUGGAGUUUUGAAACAACAACAUCAAAACAUGGCGCUCCGUGUUGUCCUUGCUUUCCUUUGCUUGUUAUAUGUCGAUGCCUGGAGACUUUUUGCCCCAGAACCACCAGUAUGGCCUACGUCGUAUAUGGCAAAAGGAAUCAUCAAUCUUCCUUAUGCAGAAAUAGGCGAAACUUUUGACGCAUGGUAUGAUGGUCCAAAUCAACGGAGUCGUAUUGAUUAUUACAGUGGUAGGCUUAAUUAGAAUAUUAUGCGCUUUUGCGUCAUUUCACAUCAUUCAAGUACUUCUUUGCAAUAUAUUUACUGUAACUGGUAAUCAUUAGAAUAUUCUCCUCAAUUUAACAAAACCUGAAUAUUUUGCAUAGUUUCAUCAGAAUAAUUUCCCCAUUUUAACAAAACUUUAAUUUUGACAUGUUGCGUAAUUUAACAUCCUUAGAAUUUUGUGCUUAAUUUACAAAGUUUCGGAGGUAUCUUAUAACUACUGGGAGGAUUGUUAAACAAAAUGUUUAAACAAGUAAUUACUUACGAAAUUCUUACAUAAAAUAAAUCAACAAACGUAACGUGUCAAGGUCAACAAUGAUCGAAGAGACAGUGAUCUCGAUACACACAAUUAGUAAUUUGAUCCAGCAUGCAUCUUGCCUAGAAUUCCAAUAUGGAUCAUCUCUAAUUGAUCCAGUGUUACAACAGAAGGAAACCUAAACUAACUAACUUUAUUUAUGCUGGAUAACUCUAUCAGUUCUAAACUGUUCUCGCCAGAGGUACAGUAAGGAUAAUCUCUUAUUGAUCCAGUGUUACUACAGGAGGAAACCUAAACUAACUAAGGGAUAGCUCUAUCAGUUCUAAACUGUUCUCCCUAGAGGUCCAGUAAGGAUAAUCUCUUAUUGAUCCAGUGUUACUACAGGAGGAAACCUAAACUAACUAACUUUAUUUAUACUGGAUAGCUCUAUCAGUUCUAAACUGUUUUCCCUAGAGCGCCAGUAAGCUAAGGGUCAUCUCUAAUAGUGAUCCAGUGUUACUACAGGAAAAAAAACCUAAACUAACAUUAUUUACUGGAUAGUUCUAUCAGUAUUAAACUGUUUUCCUUAGAGGUCCAGUAAGGAUCAUCUCUUAUUGAUCCUGUGUUACCAUAGACGGAAACCUAACUUAAAUUAACUCUAUAUUUAUACUAAAUAGCUACAUCAAUUCAAAGACUUCUGAACUGUUUUCCUCAGAGGAUGACAGCAUGAAGCGCUGUUUAAUUAUUGAUUGGUAAAUAAGACUAAGUUGCAUUUUAUUAGGAAUGGAUAAAACAUACCAACUUGCCACGGAAAGUAAAUCAUAUUUGAUUUCACCAUGGACAACGGAAGAAAUUUUGGAUCAAAAGACAUGUUUUGAAAUUGACGGUCCAGUUAAACCUCAAUCAGUUCUACCUUCUAACGUCAGCGCUUUUCAGGUAUCACGUCACUUUUAAAUAUUUUAAUUUGUUUCAUCGGUAAAUGAGUGUGAAUAUGUCCGCUAAUUUAUCACGUCAUGUUGGUUGCAAGCUCUUUAAAAUGGUUGAAUAUCACCGAUAGUACGCGAGUUGAAAUAAAACACCUCAAAUAAUAUCGAACGGAAUUAAUUAACUGUUAGAAAUGAUUGGAUCUUUUCGAGACAGGUUCAACAUACCAAUAUUUAAACAGCUAGAACGCCAACGACAAUAAUAUAAUUGCUUAUACUGUAUGUUGUAUUUGAGCCAAAGUAUACGCUACCACACUUAAUUUGACUCUUUAAACUAUUUGGCAGCUUCUCUCAAACAGCCUAACUAUCAUCCAAGAUGAUAAUAUCAAACUUCACUCACUGGUAAAUGUGAUGAAACACUGGAGAAAAACGUGAACUGAUAUCAACAGUUUUUAGGGUUAAUACAUUUAUAAGCAGUGUAAGUUGAGCUUGCAACCAACAUGACGUCAUAAAUUAGCGGACAUAUUCAGAUCAUUUACAUAUCAAACAAAUUGAAAUAUCUCAGAAACAAUCCAUAAAACAAGAAACUGAGAAAAAAUUACACUACAACUUAAAGAGUUCUUUCAUUUAAGAAAAUAAGAAAUUUCAUUUCAUGUACACUAGCUUUAAUGAAUCACUAGUACAACUGAACUUCUAAACUAAACCUACUUACUUUCCUCCACUACACAUAAUGAAAAAAAUUAAGUACUGUUUAAAACACGAACAGGAAUGUUUUAUCAGAGAUAUAAAACACGAGGCGACGGUCGAGUGUCUUAUACCUGAUAUAAAGCACGGAGUGCGAGUGUUAGUAAAUUGCUUAAAAAACGACCCAUCUUAUGAGUUCAUUGGCGAAAUAAUUUUAAAAGUCAACGUUCUCUAAGCCGAGAAAAAAACAAAGCUAAAGUUUAUGUUAAAGAACAUGAUUUUUUAUCACAUAUAAAACAUUACCAACAUCUGCUUAGUGCUCAGUGAAACCAUUCAUAAAUCUUGCUUAUUUUCUCAGUAUAUAGGGGAAGAUGAUUUCGAAGGAAUCGCAUGCUACAACUUCAGACUGAAAGCUACGAUGGGCAAGAAAGUCAACGUCUAUACAUUGACUGUAGAUCAGGCGAAUAAAGUUCCCAAGCGCUACGAGAUGUUGGGAUACGAUACGUUAUUUGGCUCUCAUUAUGAUAAGUACGAAGUGUUGUAUACAUAUUUUGAGAAUACCGUACCAACGGAGGAGACGUUUAAAAUUCCUAAAGGUACGUUCGCAUAUUAAGAAUUGGUAAGUAGGAAUAUACCGUUGGUUUUCAUGCUGAGAAAAUAUUUUUGGAGAAAAAAAUAGAACAGAUUUCAAAAUAAUAAUAUAUUUCUUUGCGCAAAAACAUAAAAAAACUUGUUCGGUGAGAAUCAAUCACUCAUUUGACUAUUUCUUCAGUUUUUACCACUGGAACACGUGUUCAAUAUACCCAACUGAUCAUAGCUGAACUAAUGAUCUUAAUCCUUUAUUCGGUGACAUUAAUUAAGCAAUAUUUUGAAAUAUUUUUAUACGUUUUCUCCAUAAAUAUUCCCAAAGGAUAAAAGCCAACGGUAUAUCAAUUUUUACUUAUUUUAUUAAUUGUUGUUUUAAAAUACGAUAAUCUUUACUAAUUUUUCAGUUCUUCAUGUACAGUCGAAAUAUAGCUGCCUGUCUAUCACCAGGGAAUAUAUACUUGGUUACUUUAAACAAAAUUAAUUAUUAUUUGCUAAACAUUUCAUUUCAGGCAUGACCUGCCACGGCUUCCCUGGACCGGGCGCCGAGUCAGUGGUCUUGGCCAACCCUAUGAGAGAUUACUUUGGACCCGAAGAUGAAGAUAGAGUUCAUCACGUGUUUAAAGAUUUUCUGAAACAUCAUCCCAAAGAUUACGCUCAUGAUCCGACUGCAUUUGAACGUAGAAAGGGGCACUUUAGACAAAACUUGAGGUACAUUAGUUUGCUGUAUCCAGUAUAAAUAACAGUUUAGGUUUCCUCCUGUAGUAACACUGGGUCAAUAAGAAAUCAUCCUUACUGGACCUCUAGGAAGAACAGUUUAGAACUGAUAGAGCUAUCCAGUAUAAAUAACAGUUUAGGUUUCCUUCUGUAGUAACACUGGAUCAAUAAGAGAUGAUCCUUACUGGACCUCUGUGAAGAACAGUUUAGAACAGAUAGAGCUAUCCAGUAUAUAAAUAAAUUAGUUUAGUUUAGGUUUCCUCCUGUAGUAACACUGGAUGAAUAAGGGAUGUCUCUUACUGGACCUCUAUGAAGAACAAUUUAGAACUGAUAGAGCUAUUCAGUAUAAAUAAAGUUAGUUUAGUUUAGGUUUCCUUCUGUAGUAACACUGGAUCAAUAAGAGAUGAUCCUUACUCGACCUCUGUGAAGAACAGUUUACAACUGAUAGAGCUAUCCAGUAUAUAAAUAAAUUAAUUUAGUUUAGAUUUCCUCCUGUAGUAACACUGGAUGAAUAAGGGAUGACUCUUACUGGACCUCUAUGAAGAACAGUUUAGAACUAAUAGAGCUAUAUUCAGUAUAAAUAAAGUUAGUUUAGUUUAGGUUCCUUCCUGUAGUAACACUGGAUGAAUACUUGGGAUGACUGUCGCUAGACCUUUGGGAAGAAGAGGAAUGUUGUCAAAAUAAAGUUAGUUUAGUUUGAGUUUCCUCCAGUAGUACACUGGACGAAAUAAAUUAUUCUUACUGGAUCUCUAGAGAUAAUCGCCGUGGUCGAAAAAGUUAAAGAGAAUAAGAUACUGAAGCGAAACCAACCAAUAUUUUAACAUUCAAUAUUUUAAAGGUACAUACACGCCAAAAAUCGUCAAAACCUCGGCUACCGUUUGAAAAUCAACCACUUGGCAGACCGUCAUGACGAUGAGUUGAGUAUGUUACGAGGUCGGCAACGCACAACGGGUUACAACGGAGGGAAACCGUUCAAUCCGAGCGUUAUGGUUGACGAUGUCCCAGAUUCCAUCGAUUGGCGAUUGAAAGGAGCUGUGACGCAGGUGAAAGACCAAGCUAUCUGUGGCUCAUGUUGGUCAUUUGGGGCAACUGGUGCAAUAGAAGGAGCAUUGUUCUUACAUGUAAGUUUUAGGUAUUAUAGUUCUGGAGUACACACGUAAAAAUCUCACAACGUGUCAACAAUAUGUGUUCGCAACAGGCUUGUGGCAAGCUUGUCAACAAGGUGUAACAAUGCUGUUAUUUUAUCAAGUUGCUACAAGGUUGUCACUCACAACUUGUUGACAAAUUGUUGAAUUGCAGGACGAUAACAAGUUGUUGAAACAACUUGUAACAAUUCUGGUGAGCUCAACAACCUUGUAGCAAGUUGUCAACAAGCCAUUGACAACUUGUCAACAAGCUGGGAACGAGCAGUUUGAACACAUCCUGUUGACAAGUUGUUGGAACAGCAUUGCUACAAGUCUGCUGCAGGAUUGUUACAACUUGUGCAUUUUUACGUGUGUAGCGCGUCGAGAAUGCUAAUAUUUGAUGUUUCUUACUCUAUCAGACUGGAAACAGGAUUCGUCUGUCGCAACAAGUGCUCAUGGAUUGUUCAUGGGGUUUUGGUAAUAAUGCAUGCAAUGGUGGUGAAGAAUUUCGUGCCUACCAGUGGGUUAUGAAACAUGGUGGCAUACCCAGCGAGUUUUCGUAUAGACCUUAUCUCGGAAUGGUAAGUUGUGACUAAAAUGUGACUAAAAAUAGGCUCACUUAGCGUACAUGUGUAUAUAAUUAUAUGACUGUUAUAAUUUGACCGUCGAUUUAUUUGUUGAAAUAUUGAGAAGCAAUUAUUUUCAAUGUCGCGUAUUCGCGAUGAAAGUGUUCAGACACGUUUGCGCAAAAUACUUUCCCGGACUAAACAGAACAUUAAUGUUCUGCUUGGUACUCAAUGUUCUCCUUGUUUUUUUAAGAAUGGCUACUGUCACUUCAAUUCCUCGGAUGUAGCCGCCAAGAUAGACGGUUAUGUUAAUGUCACAUCAGGAAGUGAGGAAAUGUUGAAAGUAGCCAUUGUCUCACAUGGUCCUACUGCUGUGGGAAUUGACGCUUCACAUAAAUCAUUUGCGUUUUACUCUGAUGGUGUCUAUUACGAACCAAAGUGUGGUAAGUUGUUAGAAAGUUGUUUUGUUACAACGAGAUUUCCAUACUGAUAAAUUUGGCUAUACAGGGUGUAUAAAAAAAACGCAACCUCGGAAUUUCCUAAGAAAUCACUUUGUAAUUCUUAAGCAUUUGAUUUUAGGCCCCUGGGAAUUGAAAUCGAAUUGCUAAUAGAUCAUAUUACUGUUGUUGUGCAUUAAAUAAAUGCAUAAAUUUUGCUUUAUGCACUCGCGUGUGCAGUAAUCUUGACAGUUGUGCUAUUUUAAAUUCCCAGGCGCCUAAAAUCUUUUGUCUUCAAAACAAUGUCGAUUUCACCCUGUAUAACGUUGUUUACAUCACCUAAACCACAAUUUUAGACAAUUCACAUGCCUAGUAACGACUAUUGUUCUAGUUUGGCAGGAGCAUAAAAUAGAACAAAGGUAACUAAGCAUCAGAAUUAGACAAAUGUCUCUCUGUCUGUAGAAAUUGUAGGUUUCUGCCAGAGAGCCUAUAGACCCAUUGCACAUGACGUCACAGCGCCGGCGACGAUGCAUCUGGACGACAAAUUAGCAAUCUAUCCAUAAUAUAACUUUUGUAAACAAAGCAAAUUUUUAAAACUUUAUAAUAAUUUUGUAUUAAAAUGGUUCAUUUUCGCGCUGUAUGUGGUUGUUGUACCCGAACAGAUAUUGUUAGGAAGCAUUUGGAGGACACUCUAAGGAUUUGUGACGUCAGUGCAAUGGGUCUAUAGUUGCAUUUUUAGCAACAUUCUCGUACCCAGAGCCCUUCUUACGCGCCGUGCGACGAGGGGCUCUGGCCAAAUCCAUAACCGGAUACCAUAAAAACAUGGUAAUAGAAUAUAUCCGGUAUUAGAACAAUAACCUUCGUUGUGGCCAAUCAGAUGCCAGUUUGAUAUGGAUUUGGCCAGAGCCCCUCGUCGCACCGCGUGUAAGAAGGGCUCUGGGUACGAGAAUGUUUUAGCAAUUGCUCCUGGUUAGAUCUCAGGCCUUAUCCUUGAGCGCGGUAUCAAACAUUUCCAAUCAAAGCAUAUCUACUCAAAAUUACUGUAUAUAGGUAACAAACCAGAAGAUUUGGACCAUGCGGUACUGGCUGUGGGCUAUGGUACCAUGAAAGGUAAAGAUUACUGGUUGAUUAAGAAUUCUUGGUCAACUCACUGGGGCAACGAUGGUUAUAUCCUUAUGUCUACCAAGGAUAACAACUGUGGAGUCACCACUGAUGCUACCUUUGUUGAAAUGGCUUGAAAUACUGGAUUACACAAAUGAAUAUAUAACUUGAUUGUUGGGUCUAAUUAUCCUGGAUUGAAUGAGUAGUUUACAGGCUAGUUUACACUCUCAAAGUUUCUGUAAUUACAGUAGGAAUUUUGGAUAAGUAAGUUCUAAGUUUUGAAAGAUUUGUAAGAAAUGUUUAAAGGAACUGACUGGAACUUACUUAGUGUUUAACACUGAGUCAGUACCUCAAAUAUUUCUUACAAAUCCUUCAAAACUUAGAAUUUACCUAUGUAAAAUUCCUACUGUGAUCACAAAAACAUUAUAGUGUAAACCAUGCCUAAUACCUACAACAUAUACUAAUUGAUGUAUCACAUUAUAUAGAGUUUGGAAUGUCAGAAAAUAAAUGUCCAUUGAAUGCGAGCAACAUUUGACUAAGAAUUUAUUCCUAGUGAAAUUAAAAGUAAGCAUCUUUCGCCUCUGA